GCCAGCCGGUUAACAGGCAGCCACUGUUAAGCUUUUAACAGCCGACUGUUAAACGCCAACGCAUUAGCCAGAAGCGACGAAAAAUUCGAAACGAAAAGCGAACGUUGCCGACGACGGCUCACAGUUUCUGUUCGACAGCCCUCGAGUGCGGUUCAAUUUUUACCUCCAGCCAAUUCAGCUUAUAAGUCUACCUAUCAAUCUGUCUACGAACCAAGCGAAUUGUAAUUAUAAUACCCAAACCGUAUUCAUAUAAGAAACAACCGUCGCUCCAAGCCGCCUGUCACUUGAACUCAAUCAACGAAUCGAACGAAUCAACGAAAUAAUAAAUCAACAACAAAACCAUCUCUUCGAGUGUCUGUGUCAUAGUGCGCUGUGUGUUUUUCUCGUCUUCCGCAACGAACAGAUGGUUGGAAAAUCCUAACAAAAUCACGACUUAUCCUCGAAAGGACUGUCUGCCAUAAGAGCUGCUAGCCGCAGGCUAACGUGAAGUUUUUUAUUGUGCAAAAGAAAGUUGGAAGAAGGCAGGAGUACUCCGCGACAGGCAGACAGCCUACUCGUAUUUUGUGGGUGAAUCGUUCACCAGCAAGAAGGAGGUCGAUCCGGGACCCUGUGCCCCACUGCGGAACAUCCGAACACUGAAUAUGGGCGGCAACAUUGAGCAACGUCCCUGGACGCCGACAGUGCGUACGGGCAGGAUUGCCGCAGAGACAGCCACCCCGGGACCGGCCAUUGUCCAACUUCCCACAUUGAUUGGCAGCAAAGUCCCCGAUUCGAAGAAGAAGGGCGCUCCUUCGUACUCCUUUGGCCAUAAGUUGGGCAGCAAGUACGAGACCUUUGGCCCGGGACCGGCCCAAUAUAAUGUGACGGGUCUGCGGGCCAAGGGCAAGGAUUACCCCCGCGCUGCCACCCUACAGAGUCGUCCCAAGGAGCUCUCUCGCUUCUCGAAUCCCGGACCCGGCGAAUACAAUGUCCAGCCGGCGGCCAAGGCAGUGAUCGAUGCCACGCCCAUGUACACGUUCGGCCAGAAGCCGCCCGAUGCCAAAUUCAGCCUGAUUCCGGGUCCCAACCAUUAUCAAGUGGUGCCACUUGAGGUCACCAAGCGGCGUGCACCGCGCUAUUCCUUUCGCAUUAAGGUUAACGUUUACAUUGUUAACAAUCCAGCUCCGAAUAGCUAUUGCCCUGAAAGGGUCACACAAUCAAAAAAGAAUGCGCCACGCUACACAUUCGGUAGACGAACUAAAAUCCAACACGAUCAGGUCACACCAGCUCCUGGCGCCUAUAGCCCCGAAAAGGUGAAUCCCCACAAGACGCCAGAGUUUAGUUUCGGCAUCAAGCACCACGAACAGAAGCCCGACUACACGCCAGCCCCAGGCUGUUACAAGCCCGAGCAUUUCGGCCAAGAACACACGCCCUCGUACAGUUUUGGCCUGAAGACCAGGCCCACUCUGGUCAGUGAUACACCAGCACCCGGGGCCUAUAGUCCCGAAAAGUCCAGGCUACACAGUACACCCGCUUACACGAUCACUGGCAAGGCCACGCAUGACGUAGUCGAUGCCACACCCGCGCCCGGCGCAUACGAACCCGAGAAGUGCGUGUUGAACAAGACGACAGGCUUCACCUUCGGCCAUCGCGUGAACCUGGCCAAGGCCAGCGAUACACCCGCACCGGGCACCUAUCAGCCGGAGAAUGUGCGUCUGGAUCACACGCCCUCGUACACCAUGUCGGGGCGGCACGAGCUCAAGUCGGUGAGCGAGACUCCGGCCCCCGGUUCGUAUGCACCGGAGAAGUAUCGCGGCGAUCGUACGCCGGCCUUCACCUUCGGCGGUAAGCACGAGCAGAAGCUCGACAGCUCCACCACUCCGGCACCAGGCGACUACUGUCCCGAAAAAUUACGGCACGAUCACACUCCAGCUUACUCAUUCGCCGGUCGCCACAAUCUUCAAAAACCCAGUGAUACACCAGCACCUGGAGCAUACGCUCCCGAGAAAGUCCGACAAGACCACAAUCCCUCAUUCUCCAUGGCAGGCAAGCACACUCAGAAGAUUACCAACGGAACCCCCGCUCCCGGUGACUAUUGUCCCGAGAAAACUCGUCUAGACAAUACUCCUGCUUAUAGUUUUGGUGGAAGGAACGAUCCUAAGGUGGAGAACAACACUCCCGCCCCCGGAGACUACCAUCCAGAGAAGGUUAGGCAGGACCAUAAUCCUUCUUUCUCAUUCGCGGGUCGUCACGAUCUGCACAAACCGAGUGAUACUCCCGCUCCUGGAGCUUAUUCUCCAGAAAAGAACCGACAAGACCAUAACCCCGCUUUUUCUAUGGCUGGAAAACACACUCAAAAGAUCUCCAGUGACACACCCGCUCCUGGCGACUACUAUCCUGAGAAAACCCGUACGGACAACGCUCCUUCUUAUACCUUUGGCGGCAGGAACGAUCCUAAAGUUGAGAACAAUACCCCUGCUCCUGGGGAUUAUCACCCCGAGAAUGUUCGACAAGAUCACAACCCGGCCUUUUCUUUCGCCGGUCGUCACGAUCUUCAGAAACCAAGUGAUACUCCUGCCCCUGGGGCUUACUCUCCGGAAAAACAUAGACAAGACCACAAUCCCUCCUUCUCCAUGGCAGGCAAGCACAUCCAAAAGAUUACCAACGGAACCCCCGCUCCCGGUGACUAUUGUCCCGAGAAAACUCGCCUAGACAAUACUCCUGCUUACAGUUUUGGUGGAAGAAACGAUCCUAAGGUGGAGAACAACACUCCCGCCCCGGGAGACUACCAUCCAGAGAAUGUUAGACAAGAUCACAAUCCUUCCUUCUCCUUCGCUGGUCGACACGACCUCCAUAAGCCAAGUGAUACUCCCGCUCCUGGAGCUUAUUCUCCGGAAAAGAACCGACAAGACCAUAACCCCGCUUUUUCCAUGGCUGGGAAACACACUCAAAAGAUCUCCAGUGACAAACCCGCUCCUGGCGACUACUAUCCUGAGAAAACCCGUACGGACAACGCUCCUUCUUAUAGUUUUGGUGGAAGGAACGAUCCUAAGGUGGAGAACAACACUCCCGCCCCGGGAGACUACCAUCCAGAGAAUGUUAGACAAGAUCACAAUCCUUCCUUCUCCUUCGCUGGUCGCCACGACCUCCAUAAGCCAAGUGAUACUCCCGCUCCUGGGGCUUAUUCUCCGGAAAAGAACCGACAAGACCAUAACCCCGCUUUUUCCAUGGCUGGGAAACACACUCAAAAGAUCUCCAGUGACACACCCGCUCCUGGCGACUACUACCCUGAGAAAACCCGUACGGACAACGCUCCUUCUUAUAGCUUUGGCGGCAGAAACGAUCGCAAAGUAGAGAACAAUACCCCUGCUCCUGGGGAUUAUCACCCCGAGAAUGUUAGACAAGAUCACAACCCGGCAUUUUCUUUCGCCGGUCGUCACGAUCUUCAGAAACCAAGUGAUACUCCUGCCCCUGGGGCUUACUCUCCGGAAAAACAUAGACAAGACCACAAUCCCUCAUUCUCCAUGGCAGGCAAGCACAUCCAAAAGAUUACCAAUGGAACCCCCGCUCCUGGUGACUAUUGUCCCGAGAAAACUCGCCUAGACAAUACUCCUGCUUACAGUUUUGGUGGCAGGAACGAUCCUAAGGUGGAGAACAACACUCCCGCCCCGGGAGACUACCAUCCAGAGAAUGUUAGACAAGAUCACAAUCCUUCCUUCUCCUUCGCUGGUCGCCACGAUCUGCAAAAACCGAGUGAUACUCCCGCUCCUGGAGCAUACUCUCCUGAAAAAGUGCGGCAGGAUUACAAUCCAUCCUACACGUUUGCCGGCAAGCACGAUCCGCAUGCCACGUCCGAGACACCCGCUCCCGGAGAUUAUUGCCCUGAAAAGGUGCGACUAGACCACACACCCGCUUACAGCUUUGGUGGCAAAUACGACCCCAAGGCGGAGAAUCAUCAUCCUGCGCCAUGCGACUACGCCCCCGAGAGAGUACGCCUCGACCAUACACCCGCCUACACAAUUGCAGGUCGUCCGACCAUCGAGCAUGUGACGCACACGCCGGCGCCCUGCGACUACUUUCCGGAGCACUGUCAACCGGACUCCACGCCGGCCUUCACCUUUGGCAUGAGGCUGAAUCGGGAGCGCAUCAGCGACACACCAGCACCCUCUGCCUACGAGCCGGAGAAACACACCGCACAGCAUGCACCAGCCUACACCUUUGGCUCGAAGUCCGAGAUCAAGGUCACCACCGAUGCACCAGCCCCUGGAACCUAUCAUCCGGAGCACUCCCGAUUCGACAGUUCGCCGUCUUACAGCUUUGGCCUGAAGACCCUGCCCAUGCCAUCCCUGCCAGAACAUAGAGGUCCCUACAUUGAAGAUCGCAUUCUGCAAAGACGCGAACGACGCUUGGCCAGCCCCGUGCGCAACAAUGGGGAGUGCACUAGCAACACCGCCAGCACCAAGACUACGACCACCACCACAACAACGACAAAGAGCAUUGUCAAUGGGGUGGAACAGCCAGAGGUCGCCACAAAGGUGAAUGGACACAUUGCACAUGCACCCGCCGCACUGAGCAAUGGGAGCCAUCAUGCCACAAAAACGAUCACCACGACCACGGAAAAGCAGGUGUUGCACGGCCAGGCAGAGCGUGGCAACGUGAAGGUGACGGCCAGCGGUAAGUCGGAUGCCAGUGCCACGAAAGCGGCCAGUGCCAGCACCAGUACGGUGGUGCAGUCGGACGGGGCAAUUGUUACCAGCGGCAGAUCCUCGCGGAUCAGCACCGUCAAGUACGCUGUGGAGGCGAGCAGCGUGCAGGAGAAGAUCAUCAGCUCCUAAUGUCUACAAGAUACCCACCGUCUUGGGCAGCAGCAAGGAGGGUAAGAUUCGCUCGGCCCCAGCCUAUACGAUGGCUGGACGCGAGAA